AUGAUACAAACAAAUAAAGUCUCUUUUAUUAAUAUUGUCUCAUUUACUAUUUUAAUAUGGAUUAGCCAGUGUUUAUAUGAGUCAACUACUUCUGGAGAAUCAUGGAAUAAAAACAUCAUAUUAUAUAAUGUAUCAGAUGCAAGAGUAGAUAGAAUAUUAAUUGGAGAAACAGAUGUAAAUUUCCGACAGAACUACUCAUUCUUAAAAGAAAAGGCCAUGCAUUUACUAGAUGAAGAUGAUGAUAUUUUUGCAAAUAAAUUAAAUGCAUUAAUACAAAAUGGGGAUUUCCAGGAAAAUUACAAAAAAGAAAUGUACGAUAGUAAUUUUGAAAUACCAUUAAAUUCAUUUAAAUAUAUUGAUAAUAAUUAUGAUAGUUAUGACAGUCUCAAAGAAUCGGAAUAUGAAGAAAAAAAAGAACCAAUUAAAAUGAAAAAAUUUGAUUCAAGAAGAAAAAAAAAAUCAUCGUUGUCUAAAAGUUUUUUAAAGAGUUUAGAUGAAAAAUACGAAAAUUGCGUGGCAGAACUAAGGGAUACAAAAUGUAAAAGGACAAGGAAACUUACAGAUAAGUUUGAUCUAAGUAUGUUCACAAAUAUGUUUAUAGCUCUUAGUCCAAUUUUGAUAUCCGGUUUUCUCAUGAUAAUGCUUUUGAUUUCAAAGUGGUCUGGUGGUAUAUUAUUUUCAGUGGCUCUAUUUCUUGCAUCUGUAGUUUAUGUUAUCUAUAAAUUUUUUAAAAUUAAUGGUGAGUAA